AAUCAUGAUUGCAGAAGUUAUAGCUGUAACUGUAACUGCUUUAGCUAUUCCAACUGGUUUCGUGGCUUUUUAUGUUUGGCUUUUACAAAGCCGUAAAGGAACUUUGCCUAUAACAACAACUGAAUGUGCAUAUAAUCGUAAUAAAUAUGGACAUAUUCUUGAUUGGGAUAAACAUUGUUUAUACAUUCAUAAAAAUCCAACAUUAAUAUUUAGUGGAGAAUUUCAUUAUUGGCGACUUCCUGAUCAAUCAAGAUGGGAAAGUGUGCUAAAAAAGUAUCGAGCAGGAGGAUUUAACUGUAUUAGAAUUUAUUUCCAUUGGGGAUUUCAUAAUCCUGAUCAGGGAAUUUAUAAGUUUGAUGGCAAUAGAGAUGUUAAUCAUUUGUUGAAUCUUUGCGAAAAAUUGGGACUUUAUGUUCUAGCAGCACCAGGUCCUUAUAUUUGUGCUGAAACUCAAGUGGGAGGAUUUCCAUUGUGGUUAGCUGCUGAAAAACAUAGAAUACGUCAUAUUAAAUUCACAGGAUUUAAAGAGUACGAUAAAACUUUUGCGGAAUAUGAAAAAGAAUGGUUUGAGAAUAUUUUACCAAUCUUAGCGCGUCACCAAAUUACUGAAAAAUCUAAUGGAUGUGUUAUUGCACUUCAAAUCGAAAAUGAAUUAUUUGAAAAAGCACGAAAGAUUCCAUUUGGCUUACAUGAUGAAAUGCGUUUUCUUUGUAAAGUAGCAAGGGAUUGUGGAAUUACAGUUCCCCUUUUUACAAAUGAUCCCGAUGAAUCAGGUUCUUUUAUUGCAAAACCUGAAUAUGAUGCUAAGCCAUCAACUAAUUUCUUUAAUCGAAGAUCAUUCGGAUUAGAUUUAUAUGGAUUUGAUAAAUAUUUUAUAUUCGCGCCGUCAGACUCUCCAGCUCCAUUUGACUUUUGUUCAGAACAGGAUCCCAAAAAAUGGAAACCUUGGGAUCCUAAAGAUAUGGUAAAUGCAUUAGAUCAUCUUGAAAAAGAAGUGCGAAGCUUUGGCCAUGAUGCAGCAAAAUCACCCAUAUUCAUUCCAGAAUUGCAAGGUGGAUGGUAUACAUCAUAUAAGUCAAAACAUACGUUUGAUGAUAUUUAUAAUUUUUAUGGAGAUAGAUUUACUCGAAUCGUUUAUGAUUCAGUUUUAGCACAAGGAUGCACCAUGCUUUCAUUUUACAUGGUCUAUGGUGGGACUAAUUGGGGAACAUUGGGUGACAUUGACGGAACUACUUCAUAUGAUUACUCCGCAUGUAUACGGGAAUCUGGUUAUAUAUCAGCUCGGCUAAGAAAUUUGCGUCUUGGGCUAUUCUUUGCAAGAAGUUUUUCGGACGUCUUUGCAAAAACUGUACGCGUUAAAAAUCCAAACAUUAGAGCAUCAAUCAAGAAUGUUUUCAAUUUACAAAGACGAGCUGUGGUAGAUUCAGGUGAAGAAAGUAAUGCUGUUGUGUUUACUUUUCUUCGAAAUUUUUCUAAGACAGAGAGUCCAAAAUUCGAACUUUUUGUUAAUUAUAUUGGAGCUCAAGGAAAAAAAGUGUUAUUUGGCAUGCAAUGUUAUUUACCAUAUAAGAGUUCCUUCAUUGCUUUAGGUAAUUAUGUAACAUCAACAGGAUUGAAACUUAUUUUUUCUUCAAUACCUAUUCAUUUGAGGAUUUUACAUCCACCAAGUGGAAGUGAUCCGGGAAGAGAGAUAUGGAUAAUUCCAGUUAAUGAUGGUGGAGAAUUUGCAUUUGAGGGCGAAAUCAACGUAGAUGGAAAUCUUCGUUCAUCAGUAAGAAAUAUUGGUGAUUCUAUUAAUAUUGUUUCAUUUAAUGAUGGAAUUGGAUUUGCAAGGAUCAGGCAUGCGGAAGAUUCAAAAGAACUUAUUAUAUUAGCUCUAGAUAAUGAUUCGCUUGGUACACUUCAUGCAGUUUUUGAUGAACCUCAUUGGGCUCAAGCACAUAAUCGAGCAUUUAAUCUUUCUCAUUCACCUUUAAUAGUUAGUUGGGGGACACAGAAUGUUUAUUUUGAUCUAGAAAAUAACACCAUUGAGACAGAAUAUGGAGAAGUUGAAAAGGAAAUCACAAUAUUGUCCUUACGACAACUAUCUGAUCAUACUCGUGUAGAUUCGAAUUCUUUCUAUUCUCUUCCAUUUAUUUAUAAGAAACAACUUAAUAAACCUUCAGCUGUCCAUACAACACCAGAAUUAUUUAAUUGGAGUACACGUAUCACAAAUUUUUCGGAUUUAGAAUGGCGAGAAAUUGAUUUAAAGAAUGGCGGAGCUGCUGAAAAUCAUUAUGCAUCAGGUCACGUUUUAUAUCGAGCAAAAUUUCCAUCCAUGAAAAAAAACAGGAAAAUACAAUUAAACGUUAAUAUGCGACAUAGGUGUACCAUAUUUGUUAAUGGAAAAUUUGCUGGAGGUCAUAUGACUUUUAGUAAAAAUUUAUUCUUUCCAGGAGUGAAAAUGGGACCUGAAUUAUUUGCAAGUUUAGGAGAUAAAAAAUAUGAUAUUACAAAAUUCGUUAAUGUUAAUGAGGAAGAUAAUAUUAUAAUUAUAUUAGUUGAUAAUCUUGGAAUUAGCCGACAAUCUGUCGUGUUUAAUGAUGCAAGAAAUCCAAGGGGAUUAAUUUCAGCAAAAAUUUCUGGUUUAUCAAAGGUUAAAUGGGAAAUUUGUGGAGUUGAUGUUAGAAAAUUGGAAAUACCAUUUAUUACGAGUGGAUUUCCAGAUGAACAUAAGAAUACAGGGUGGAUUGAAAGUAGUAGUAUAAGUGAUUAUGGGGUAAUGCCAGAUGAAGGGGUUAAGUGGUGGAGUUUUAAAUUUAAACAUCCUGUUGAUCCAAAAUAUAAAGAAAUUAUAAAUUCUCCAUUAAGGUUGGUCCUAUUCGGAGCUUUUACUUCAUUUAUAUUUUUAAAUGAUACCUUAAUUGGAAGAUACUACGGAAAUGGUGAUUUUUCGCAACAUAAUUAUUAUUUAAUGGACGGUUUAUUAAAAUUUAAUGAAGAAAAUAAAAUUACAUUAAUGGUAUAUAGUUGGGAACAGGUUCAUAGUAAUGAUAUUAAAGUUGAAGUAAGAGGUUGGGAAAUUGAUGAUGUGAAUAAAUCUGGCAAUAUUAUUGAAAUACCAGAAGAUGCUAAUGAUGAUCAUAAAUCUUGGGUUGUUAUGAGAGAAAAGAUUAAAUUAAAUUAACGACU